GAAACUCCUACCAUUGAAGUUGACCAAUUGGCAGCCCUGGGUGAAAUGGCCAAGGGUGGCAAGGCCAAUAUCAUCAAGCUGCCGAAUGUGAGUGCUUCCCUUCCUCAGUUGAAGGAGUGCAUCGCAGAGCUACAAGGAAAGGGUUACAAGAUCCCGAACUAUCCGGAAGAUCCCAAAGAUGAUGCGGAGAAGGAGAUCAAGGCCCGCUACGCCAAAGUCCUGGGCAGUGCCGUGAACCCGGUGCUGCGCGAGGGCAAUUCGGACCGCCGCGCGGCGGUGCCGGUGAAGGAGUAUGCCUUCAAGUACCCACACUCCAUGGGCAAGUGGCUUCCAGACUCCAAGACUCACGUGAGUUCCAUGGAGGACGGCGAUUUCUUUUCCCACGAGAAAUCUGUGGUCAUCUCCGAGAAGUGCGAGGCGCGCAUCGAGAUGCUCUCGGAGGAUGGCAAGGUCACGGUUUUGAAAGACAAGCUCACCCUUCAGAAGGAUGAGGUCUUGGACGCGUCCUUCAUCAACUGCAAAAUGUUGCGUCGCUUCUUUGAAGAGCAGAUCGCCGACGCUAAGGAGCGAGGCGUGAUGUUCUCCUUGCAUUUGAAAGCAACGAUGAUGAAGGUCUCAGAUCCCAUUAUGUUCGGGCACUGCGUGAAGGCCUAUUUCAAGGAUGUCUUCGCCAAGUAUGCCGAGACGUUCGAAAAAAUUGGUGUUAACGCCAACAACGGCCUUGGUGACCUCUAUAAGAAGAUCGCCACACUGCCGGACGCGGAGCGUCAGGCGAUCGAGGCGGAUAUCAAGGCCACUUAUGAGCGUCAGCCGCGGAUGGCCAUGGUGGAUUCCCACAAGGGCAUCACCAACCUGCACGUGCCCAGCGAUAUCAUCAUCGACAACUCCAUGCCCACCGCCAUCCGUGCCGGUGGAAAGAUGUGGGAUGCAGAUGAUACCGAGCAGGACUUCAAGGCGACUAUUCCAGAUCGCUCCUAUGCGGGUGUGUUCAGUGAGUGCAUCGAGUUUUGUAAGAAGAACGGUGCUUUCGACCCGAAGACCAUGGGGGCUUGCCCAAAUGUGGGACUCAUGGCCCAGAAGGCGGAGGAGUACGGCUCUCAUCCGACCACCUUUGAGAUGAAGGAAGACGGCACCAUUCGCAUCGUCGAGGAGGGCUCCGGUAAGGUACUGCUGGGGCACCGCGUGCAGAAGGGAGACAUUUGGCGAUCCUGCCAAACCAAGGAUGCCCCCAUCAAGGAUUGGGUGAAGUUGGCAGUGCACAGGUGCAGGGAGAACAACUUCCCCAACAACGACAAGCCUUGCAAGGCGAUCUUCUGGUUAGAUCCUGCUCGUUCCCACGAUUGCAACAUCAUUGCCAAGGUUUUGAAGUACCUUCCGGACUACGACACUAAGGGUCUGGAUAUGGAGAUUAUGAGCCCGGCCGAGGCCAUGCGAGUGACCUGUGAACGAGCCAAGCAGGGGCUCAACACCAUCACGGUGACGGGCAGCUUGGAUUGCUUGGAGUGCCACAAAGCUUUGCUGGAUUGUGUCAUGAAUGUGUAA